AUUAAAUAAAAAUAUGUAAAAUGUAUUUAUCAAAUUAUUUAUAAAAAUGGCCAAAAAUUUAUUAACUAGUACUUCUAGAAAUAUAUCAUUUGACAUUAUCUUCCAGAUAACUUGUCGUUGUAUAACAUUUUUCAUAAAUGCAUUUGUUGCCCGUCAUGUCGAUAGAGCAGUACUUGGAGUGAUAAAUGUACGACUCCUUUUAUUGGAGUCAAUGAUACUAUUUUUAUCUCGAGAGCCUUUUUUCAGGGCUUGUUUGAAUAAUUCUUCUAGUCGUAAUUGGGCACAAAUUAUCAAUCAGCUCUGGUUAACCGUACCACUUAGCACAUUUAUGUCGAUUUUCUUUGGAUAUAUUUGGUUGUCUGUAUUAACCACAUCAGAAACUCUACCACCUUAUUAUACUUUUGCAGUUUUUUCUAUUGCUAUUUCGUGCGUUGUUUACUUAACGUCAUUAGCAGCUCAGGUAGUAGCGAGUACUUAUUUUCCUCUUCGAUUUCAAAUUAUUGUCGACUUUGGGAUAAUUUUAUUCCGAACUUUGGUUUUUAUAGCUUUUUACGAACCUGAAAGCGCUUUACUCGCUUUUGGAAUUGCCCAAUUAGUUUCAAUGACAUUAUCUGCAAUAAUUUACUACAUUUGCAUUCACUUUUAUAUAAAACGUUUAACUACUCGUAAUUCUUCAAACAACGACUUUCCAUUCAAGUCUAUAAAGGAGUUUAUUCCUGGACAGCUAAAGAACGAAGCUUCUUGGAUUGACAAGAAUCUAAUGACAUUGACCAGGGGGCUCUUUGAGCAAAGCAUCCUAAUGCAGAUUUUAACCGAAGGUGAAAAAAUGAUCAUGACCAUAUUUCCCGUAAUGUCAUUCGCUGAACAGGGUACCUAUGACGUUGUUAACAACCUUGGAUCCUUGGCUGCAAGGUUUAUUUUUCGGCCCAUUGAAGACCAGGGAUACAUUUAUUUCACUAAAUUGGUAAAGAGAGAUAAACCGAUAAGUCAGCAAGAUCCAGAACUUAUUCAAGAAAGCAUCAGGUUAUUUUCCAAUUUAUGUUCUGCUGUAAGUUCUAUCGGUUUAAUUGUCCUCAUAUUCGGACAAUCUUAUUCAUCAACAUUGCUAUGGCUUUAUGGAGGUUCUAAAUUUACGACAGAAUUUUCAAUUACAUUAUUGAGAGCCCAUUGUUUAGCAGUAUUGUUAUUAGCAAUAAAUGGUAUCACCGAAUGUUACGCAAAUGCUACUGCAGACGUCAAUACUAUCAAGAAGAGCAAUUUAAUUAGGAUUUAUCAAUCAAUAGCAUUUUUGCUUGUAUCAUACGGAUUUGCCAAAUGGCUUGGUCCUGUAGGAUUUAUUUUUGGAAACUGUGUAAAUAUGGCAUUGAGAAUUUUUUAUUCUAUUUCUUUUAUCAAUGCACGUCAUGAUGGCACCGGAUAUCAACCUUUACAUGGUCUGCUACCUAAACCACUGUUUUCUGUAUCUCUUAUCAUCUCUGGAUUUGUUACUAUCAUCUCUCAUAUGUAUUACUUUCCAGAGCAUAAAUUAGCUCAUUUUUUCAUCGGAGUUCUCAUGUUUGGUAUGGUAACAUUAUCUUGGGCUUACGAGAAUAGAGAAAUUAUUGAAGCAUCAUUUAAAAAAUGGCAGAAAAAGAAAAGUCAAUAAAUUAAUUUUCUUUUAUGUCAUUAUAAUUAUUUGUUAAAGUAAACAAUCUAAUUAAUUACUAAUUUAUAUAAAUUAUUUG